AUGAGAAGGAUCCUAGAGACUGAACAUGAUUAUAUGCUACAGCAAGCCCUGGCCGUCGAUGGGUCUUUAACAGCCUAUCCUAGUGUGUUUCAGUGCCUCACAAAGCUCCGUCUGUAUAAUGUGCGGUUUGCUGAGUGGGAUAUGCAACACCUCCUGUUUGACUCCUGCAAGCAACUCAAGCAUUUAUCUCUGUCCCACUGUGAUGUUGGGGACUCUUCAGUGUGGCAGAUAAAUGCACCAGAUUCCAAACUCAGAAUCCUUGAAGUCCGCAUGUCCUGCUUGAGGAGAAUUGAGGUGCUCUGCCUACCAAAACUGAAGCAUCUAAGUUGGGACGAGUGGUUUUGUUUCGAGGCCCCCUUGCGUUUUGGUUCUGUUCCAUCCCUCAAGGUGCUGGGCCUUAUUUGUGGUGCAACCAUUGAUCAUCAGGAGUUUAGUCUGAGCCAGGUUCUACAUGGUACCAGAAACAUCCAUACUCUUACUUUGGAUUUCGAAGGAGAAAGGCUUUGGAUACAACCCGAAGGAAAGCAACUCUGCCAUGCAUUCAAACAGCUAAGGAAGCUGUCUAUUUGUGGCAUCUUUGUGGAUUUUGACCUGUUAUGGACAAUAAAUCUCCUUGAAGCUGCUCCAUCCGUUGAGAUAUUUUCUGUGCGGAUAUGGGACCAUGCUUGCCAGGAUGAUGAGCAGUUGAGAACAACGACAGGUUACGAGGCUCAAAGAACGAAGCCGUCAUGGAGCAUGCCUAAGUUCACAAGCUCUGAAACUUGGCAACUGAGAGAGCUUGAAUUUGUUGGCUUUAGGCCCCUAGAGCAACAAAUUUCUUUUUUAAGGUCCGUGAUGGAGCGAGCUUCAAACUUGAAGACGGUUCUUCUCAAAGAAGAUAAAUAUCCAUGCGUGGACUGCGAUUCAAUGAACAUUCCAAGAGGAGGUUUCUGUCCGGCGGACAAAGGUGAGCAGGAAACAAUUGUCAAGCAGCUUACAGAUGGGGUCCAGUCCUCUGCGCAGAUAAUUUUUCCAAACAGUGGUGGUAGUUGA